GUAACGGCACCAAGAAAAUGCCAUUGAACUUGUGUCCCAUCAGCGCGACCUUCCACGCCAGACGGCAAUUUGCGAGACUGCGGGGUAACGCUUUUUCGUUGACGAAACUUGCAAAGCGCUUCAAUAACAUCACAUUAUGAUUAGGCUUACACGAUACUUGAAUAGGUGCUAGAGUUUAUUUCUAAUUGUAUUUCUGAAUGGCGGCGAUUUCUGACCCCACAAGGCUUGUCCUUCAGUCUAUCUUAGCGUCACAAAGCCCCCAGGCACUCCCGCAGCAGCGGAAGGAUGCCGUGGCCCUACUUGAACAGUUCAAGCGGGCGGACGUCAGCUCGCUGCUGCCGGUGUGCGGCGCGCUGGUAUCGGUGCAGCAGCUGGCAGGGCUGGCAGCGCAGUAUGGGGUGAUGCUGGGCGCCACGGAUGUGGUGGGCGUGCGGAUGGCGGCAUUCCAGCUGCUCACAGACGUGGCCCGCAACCGCUGGCGCGAGCUCAACCCCGACCAGCGCAUGGCCGCCACCCGCCUGGCCUGGCAGGAGUUCACCGAGGCUGUGUCUCCUUCCGGCGCGGGAGGAGCAGAUGGCGCCGGGGCGUCCGGGGCCGGUGGCAGCUACCCGCUACGCGGCAAGGCGGCUGAGCUUCUGGCGGUGGUGGUGCGGCAGCAGGGCAGCGCGGCAUAUGCGGAGAUUCUGCCGCAGCUGAUGACGGGCGCUGCCGCCGGACCUUCGCAGGCCGAGUUGAGUUGCCGCGUGCUCCACUACAUCAGCGAAGACCUCACCCAAUUCGAGGUUAAUGGCCCCGGGCUGCGAUGCCGGCCCUCUUCCCGCCCGCCCGCUACGGCCCCGUGGUAGACUCCACACCCCGCUGAACCGUGCCGGACCCGCUGCUCCCCGGGAUCUGCCGCUCCUGCUCCAAUUGGCUGCGCUCAAAGCUCUCCUGCUCCCCGCCAUGGCUGCCGCUGUCCUGAUCGCUGCGUUGGGAGACGGGCACUCGGGGCAAGU